AUGUUGCAAAGGUUUAAGUGGCUGUUCGGUUCAUUAGUAGUUGUGUCAGUAUUGUUAAUAUAUUGGCGGGAAACAAAUGGAUCGAAAGAAAAAAGUAAUUCAGUUUCUGGGAACCACGGAGGCACUGGUGUGCAUGUGCAGUAUGUUUCGAAGGUGAACAUUGAACCAGUGAAAAUAAUUCGGUAUACUAGUCCUUUUCCGAAGUUGACAAAUGGAGUCCAGUGCGCUGAUAUCAUGCAAGAUACUAAUCAUUCUAUGCAGAUAAAUACGAAGACAAAAAAGGCUGUAAAAGUAAUCCUCCCUGAUAAAAUAUUUCUAAAUUUAACAACAGACUGCCAUUGGUUUGCACACAGUCGUGGAUACCUGAGUAAACCAGUCUUGCAGGAGGAGUUGGAAUUCCCGUUAGCAUUUGGUAUACUCGUAUAUAAAACUGUUCACCAAGUUGAGCAGCUGUUGAGAACAAUUUACAGACCACAUAAUAUAUAUUGUAUUCAUGUAGAUAAAAAGGCUGCUACCAUUGUACAUGAUGGUUUGCAAGCCAUAGCAAACUGUUUUGACAAUGUUUUCAUUGCCAAACGUUUAAUGAAUGUGGUUUGGGGAACAAUCACAGUCGUCGAAGCAGAACUAAGCUGUCAGUCAGAUACACUGGAAAGGAAUAAAAAGUGGAAGUACUAUAUUAAUCUGACUGGACAGGAGUUUCCGUUGAAAACUAAUCUCGAAAUUGUAAGAAUAUUACGCGAAUUCCACGGUCAGAACGAUAUCAUGACAUCAAGAAGUCUAUUUGUUGAUCGUCUUUUCUAUAUUCAUGAAAUAGCUAACAACACUUUAAUAAACACUAAACAGUUAAGAAAGGAAGGUUUGCCAGAUGAUAUUACUGUGAAAAAAGGUGAACUUCAUUGCGCUCUCAGUCGUCCGUUUGUUGAAUACAUACAUCACAAUAAGCUUUCUCAUCAGUGGUUUAAAUGGCUUAAUAACACCAGUUGCCCAGAUGAAAGUUACUAUCACAGUUUGUCAUUCUCACCAGAAGCUCCAGGGGGUCCUGGUACCCGCGACGUGGAAUUUAUCAUUUCUCGAACAAAGAGCUGGAAACACUUCAAUCAGCCUUGCAAAGGGAAAUAUGUGCGUGAUGUUUGUAUAUUUUCGUAUCAGGAUCUUCCACGGCUUUUCAAAGAACCACAUCUCUUUGCUAAUAAAUUCCACGCUGACUAUGACGGACUCGUCUUGAAGUGUUUAGAAGAAGCUAUUGACAACAGAACAUACAACCCGAUCAAAUUAAACAUUGGUAUGUACAGAAAAUUUGUGAAAUUUCGAUUGUUGAAUGAAACCAAUCUUGAAACGUGGAUGUUGAAUUGA